AAAUUGCAAUCACCUAUUAUUUUUGGAGCGUAUUUUACAAAUCGUCAACAUGCAGAGAACGGCAAGAAUGAAAAAGGAAAUACAGAUGAUAACUGUAUCUCCUCCACCAGGGAUAUCAUGCUGGCAAAAGGACGAAUCUCUAUAUCAUUUAGAAGCCCAAAUUAUUGGUGGAGAAGACACGCCUUACAGUGGUGGAAUUUUUAAGCUUGAAAUCCAGAUUCCUGAUAGGUACCCAUUUGAGCCACCAAAGGUUAAGUUUAUGACCCCGAUAUACCACCCUAACAUUGACACAGCUGGAAGAAUUUGUCUUGACACCUUAAAAAUGCCACCCAAGGGUGCGUGGAAGCCAAUGUUGAAUGUUGGGACAGUACUUACAUCCAUACAACUGCUUAUGGCCGAGCCAAACCCAGAGGACCCUCUCAUGACUGAUAUAUCGAAUGAGUUUAAACACAACAAGCCUCAGUUCUUACAGACAGCAAAAUUGUGGACAGAGAAACAUGCACAACAGUCUCUUACUAGUGGGACCAGUGCUAGCUCGGAUACGGACGGGAACCAGACUACAGAAUCAAUAGAUGGCCCUCAGACCAUGGAAGGUGUCCUACACAACACAGAUAAAGUUGCUAGCAGGAAACGCUCGCUGCCGAUGGAUGAUGUCACAAACAAACAGCCAAAACCAACAUGAUACUAAACAUAUUUAUGCAUUUACGUUGUUGGUGUUCAUCUACUAUGACAUAAGGAUUUCAGCAGAUAAUGUGUUUAAAGUAAGUAGUUGAACUUGUAAAUAAAUAAUUAUCUGUAAGGAAUUUGAAAACUUAACAAGUGCUUAAAACAGAAAUAUGUAAGAUAAUUCAAACCUUGGUAUUUGUAAUAAUGGCAAAGAUCAAACCUGAUUAUUUAAAUGACAAGGUAUAGUUUAAUGAUAGUAGUGCAUCUAGCUCAAAAUCCAGGGGGCCGGGGGUCAAGAGUCCAGCUCUCCUCACUUUUUGUACUGGUAAAAUGUUAUCAUAAUUGAUAAUGAAACACAUCUGUAUUUUUAUGAACUAUUAAAAUAAUUGGUCUGAUGCAGUGACACUGGAAAAUGAAUUCUAAUUUUGUUGUUGUUGAAGUACCGUGUAUUAUUUGUAUACAUAUACAUACAGAUUUCUUGAGAGUAGCUAGAAUAAGUAUUUUAAACGUAUUCCAAUACAUUGGAAUCUACAUCUAUAAUUUCAGAAUAGAUAUAUUUACUUUCAUCUGUACUUUCAGUUUUUCUUCCUUCAUAGAUAUCAACAGUUAUAAAACCACAUCAAGAAUGCAAAAUAUUGUUUAAAAAUACCAUAUCACUGUAAAUAACGGAAGCUUGUAAGCUUAUUGUGAUGCAAUAUCAUAUACAGACUCAUUGUGUGCAAUGUGUAUAUGCAGUCUGUCAUAUAGUCAACGAGCCUGUCAUAUCCAAAAAAAUCCCACAUUCAAAGAACUAUCAAUAUUUCUAAUAAUUAACUAGCAAUGGAUAGAAAAUUGAUAAAAAAAAUCAAGCAUUAAUUCCUUUACAUGUUUUAGUUAUCAGAAAUUAUGAAGUACAAAAGAGUUUUUGUCACAAAUGUCUAAACAAUUUUUUGACAGAAAUCAACAAAAUCUCCACCUUAUCCUCAACAAAAUCUCUGCCUCAUCCUCUACAAAUUCUCCACCUCAUCCUUAACAAAAGAACCCCCUCAUCCUUUACAAAAUCUCCUCCUCAUCCUUAACAAAAUCGCUGCCUCAUCCUCUACAAAUUCUCCACCUCAUCCUUAACAAAAUCUCCACCUUAUCCACCUAACAAAAUCUCCAUCUCAUCCUUAACAAAAUCUCCACCUCUUCCCUAACAAAAUCACCACCUCAUCCCUAACAAAAUAUUGACCUCAUCCUAACCAAUUCUCCACCUCAUCCUUAACAAAAAUCUCCACCUCAUCCAACUCACAAAAUCUCCACCUCAUCCUUAACAAAAUCUCCACCUUAUCCAUAACAAAAUCUCCACCUCAUCCCUAACAAAAUCGCCACCUCAUCAUUAACAAAAUCGCAAACCUCAUCCUUAACAAAAUCGCCACCUCAACCUUAACACAAUCUCUGCCUAAUCAUCAACAAGAUCUCCAUCUCAUAUUUGGUUCAAGUUGAAAAUGAAAGUCACGGGAUCUGGUCAUAAUUGUAUUGCAAACAUAAUUUCAAAGUGAUUUGUUAUCAUGGGUCCAUCAGAACUAGAACUAUUGCAAUCAUUGUAAAAGCCAUUGCAACAAUACUUAUUAUCAUAUGAAACAGUAGUUGUUGUGUUUUUAGAAAUCUCUGAAUAAUGAUGUCAUUGUUGCUUAUUACUUAGUUAAAUCUGCUCUACUGUGUUAAGGGAAGAACUCUUGUUAAAACAUUACUAAUAUGGCUUACAAUGUUGUUUUUGAUAUGGUGUCAAUGUUACACUGAUUAUACGUAUGUGGAUAUGUAGAUAUUUGCAACCUGUUCCUUUAACUUUUCGUGUCACAGUUUUUAAAGAUUUUACAGAUAGUGUGCAUAGACAUGUAUAAACUUCA